GGUUUGGACUGUUGGAAACCGAACCUGAGGUUCUAAGGCAGCUCCCUCGCGGGGCUAAGGCUCCGGCUCAGUGCCCCGGGCCUGCCACAGGUCCGGCCGCCGGUGCGGCUGCUCCGGACGCCUCAGCGCUAAGCACCGGGCAGGUGGGUGGCCAUGGCGACGCCGGCGGGGCUGGAGCGCUGGGUCCAGGAGGAGCUGCACUCGGUGCUGGGACUGAGCGAGCGGCACGUCGCCCAGUUCCUCAUUGGAACCGCGCAGCGCUGCGCCUCGGCUGAGGAGUUCGUGCAGCGCCUACGAGACACCGACACGCUGGACCUGGGCGGGCCGGCGCGGGACUUCGCGCUGAGGCUCUGGAACAAGGUACCACGGAAGGCGGUGGUAGAAAAGCCGGCUCGGGCGGCGGAGCGAGAGGCCCGAGCCCUGCUGGAGAAGAACCGGUCUUAUCAGCUGCUGGACGAUAGUGAAGAGAGCAGUGAGGAGGCCGUGGGCAGGGCUGGGAGCAGCAUCCAGAAGAGGCGCAAAAAACGGAAACACCUGCGGAAGAAACGCCAGGAGGAGGAGGAGGAAGAUGAGGAGGAAGAGGCUCCCGAGAAAGACAAGAAGGCAGGGGGCAGCGGGCAGCAGCCGGCCAAGCCAGAGUCAGAGGAUGAGUGGGAGCGCACGGAGCGUGAGCGCCUUCAGGACCUGGAGGAGCGAGACGCCUUUGCCGAGCGGGUCCGGCAGCGGGACAAGGAUCGCACUCGCAACGUCCUGGAGCGCUCGGACAAGAAGGCUUAUGAAGAAGCUCAGAAGCGCCUCAAGAUGGCUGAGGAAGAUCGGAAGGCCAUGGUCCCUGAGCUGCGGAAGAAAUCGCGCCGAGAGUACCUGGCGAAGCGGGAGCGGGAGAAGCUGGAGGACCUCGAAGCAGAGCUGGCUGACGAAGAGUUCCUUUUCGGGGAUGUGGAGCUGAGCCGCCAUGAGCGGCGCGAGCUCAAAUACAAGCGGCAAGUGCGGGAUCUGGCCAGGGAGUACCGGGCUGCUGGUGAGCAGGAGCGGUUGGAGGCCACCAAUCGCUACCACAUGCCCAAGGAGACCCGAGGGCAGCCAGCUCGAGCUGUGGAUCUGGUAGAGGAGGAGUCGGGCGCCCCUGGGGAGGAGCAGCGGCGCUGGGAGGAAGCCCGGCUGGGGGCUGCGUCCCUGAAGUUUGGGGCCCGAGACGCUGCCUCCCAGGAGCCCAAGUAUCAGCUGGUGCUGGAGGAAGAGGAGACCAUCGAGUUUGUGCGGGCCACUCAGCUCCAGGGCGACAAAGAACCCGCGGCCCCGCCACCUUCCAGCCAGGCACAGCAGAGGGAGUCCAUCCAGGCCGUGCGCCGCAGCCUCCCAGUGUUCCCGUUCCGCGAGGAGCUCCUGGCUGCCAUUGCCGAUCAUCAGAUCCUCAUCAUUGAGGGCGAGACCGGCUCGGGGAAGACCACACAGAUUCCGCAGUAUCUCUAUGAGGAGGGCUACACGCAGAAGGGCAUGAAGAUUGCCUGCACCCAGCCACGGAGAGUGGCGGCCAUGAGUGUGGCUGCGCGAGUGGCCCGGGAGAUGGGUGUGAAGCUCGGGAAUGAGGUUGGCUAUAGCAUCCGCUUUGAAGACUGCACAUCCGAGCGUACAGUCCUCCGCUACAUGACAGACGGGAUGCUGCUCCGGGAGUUCCUCUCCGAACCUGACCUGGCGAGUUACAGCGUGGUGAUGGUGGAUGAGGCGCAUGAACGGACCCUACACACAGACAUUCUCUUUGGGCUGAUCAAGGAUGUUGCUCGCUUCCGCCCUGAGCUCAAGGUCCUCGUGGCUUCAGCCACGCUAGACACUGCCCGUUUUUCCACCUUCUUUGAUGAUGCCCCCGUCUUCCGAAUCCCUGGACGCAGGUUUCCGGUUGACAUCUUCUAUACCAAGGCUCCAGAGGCUGACUACCUGGAAGCCUGUGUUGUGUCUGUGCUGCAGAUCCACGUGACACAGCCCCCCGGGGACAUCCUGGUGUUCCUGACAGGACAGGAGGAGAUCGAGGCUGCCUGUGAGAUGCUCCAGGAUCGCUGCCGCCGCCUGGGCUCCAAAAUCCGGGAGCUCCUGGUCCUUCCCAUUUAUGCCAACCUGCCCUCCGACAUGCAGGCCCGAAUCUUCCAGCCCACGCCCCCUGGGGCACGAAAGGUGGUUGUGGCAACAAACAUUGCCGAGACGUCACUGACCAUUGAGGGCAUCAUUUAUGUGCUGGAUCCAGGCUUCUGUAAGCAAAAGAGCUACAACCCCCGCACAGGCAUGGAAUCCCUCACUGUCACACCUUGUAGCAAGGCCUCAGCCAAUCAGCGGGCUGGCCGCGCGGGCCGGGUGGCCGCGGGGAAGUGCUUCCGUCUGUAUACCGCCUGGGCCUAUCAGCAUGAGCUCGAGGAGACCACGGUGCCUGAGAUCCAGAGGACCAGCCUGGGCAACGUCGUGCUGCUGCUCAAAAGCUUAGGGAUCCAUGACCUGAUGCACUUUGAUUUCCUGGACCCUCCACCAUAUGAGACCCUGCUGCUGGCUCUGGAGCAGCUGUAUGCUCUAGGAGCCCUCAACCACCUCGGGGAGCUCACCACGUCUGGUCGAAAGAUGGCAGAGCUGCCAGUGGACCCCAUGCUGUCUAAAAUGAUCUUGGCCUCAGAGAAAUACGGCUGUUCAGAGGAGAUCCUGACAGUGGCUGCCAUGCUCUCUGUCAACAACUCCAUCUUCUACCGACCCAAAGACAAGGUUGUCCAUGCCGACAACGCCCGGGUCAACUUCUACCUCCCUGGUGGGGACCACUUGGCCCUGCUGAACGUCUACACACAGUGGGCUGAGAGUGGGUACUCGUCCCAGUGGUGCUACGAGAACUUCGUCCAGUUCAGAUCAAUGCGCCGAGCCCGGGACGUGCGGGAGCAGCUGGAGGGGCUCUUGGAGCGUGUGGAAGUCGGUCUCAGCUCCUGCCAGGGGGACUAUGUCCGUGUCCGCAAGGCCAUCACUGCCGGGUACUUCUACCACACAGCGCGGCUGACUCGCAGUGGCUACCGCACAGUGAAACAGCAGCAGACAGUGUUCAUCCACCCCAACUCCUCCCUCUUUGAGCAGCAGCCACGCUGGCUGCUCUAUCACGAGCUCGUCUUGACCACCAAGGAGUUCAUGAGGCAGGUAUUGGAGAUUGAGAGCAGUUGGCUUCUGGAAGUGGCUCCUCAUUAUUAUAAGGCCAAGGAGCUAGAAGAUCCCCAUUCUAAGAAAAUGCCCAAAACAAUAGGCAAGACACGAGAAGAGCUAGGAUAGAGACGGGGACAUAAACAACCUGAUACCAGCUCCUCUUUCUUCUGUACAUUAUUUAAUAUCUAUUAAAUAAAAUUAUUUUUGGAAUAAAGCUUGUGGGA